AUGGCGGAGGUGUUGGCGUCGGCGUCCGUGACGGCGUCGGCCCUCGCCUUCGGCGGCUCGUCUGACGUCACCUUCCUAGCUGCGGGCACCUCGCCGGGUUCCAGCACCGCGCCGGGUUCCAUCAACGCGCCCGGUUCCAGCAACCCGGGCCUCCUCGUCUACCGCACCGCCGCCGCGUACAUCGACGGCGUGCUUCCCCUCGUCGCCCGCAUCCCCUCGCCGGCCGAGUUCUGCCGCGUCGCCUGGUCCAGGCCCACAGAGGCGUCGUGCUGUUCAUCUGCACUCCCCACCGGGCUCAUCGCUGGUGGCCUGAAGAGCGGCGUGGUCGCCGUCUGGGACCCCCGUGAGGCGCUGCUCGAGAAUGACAACCUGACGCUGCAAUCGGAAGAUGGCCGCUCGGAGUCGGGAGAUGGUCGGUGGUUCUCCCAGUUUAGGGUAAUCGAUGAUUACUUCUCUCCAGAUGGGCCUCCACAGCCGCCAAGUCUGAACUCCACUAGUGGUGAUUUGACUCUCCCUGCAUCAUCGUCCGCUUCCAUGGUUGCCCUGAUGUCAUGUCACUCUGCUGGUCCAGUACUUGGUUUGUCGUUCAGCCCUACAACACCACACUUUCUUGCUUCUGGUGGAGCAAAAGGGACAGUACUCAUAUGGGAUCUUAUCAACCCUUCUGCAGAAAGAAUUCCCCAUUUUCAGUAUAAUGAAGAUGAUAAAGUGCAGAUCUUGGAUCUGUCAUGGAAUGCUCUUAAACCCAAUGUUAUCACCUCAGCAUCAAAUGUUGGUGUUAAAAUUUUGGAUAUAAGUGCCAAAUCAUCUGUGAUUGGGAAAUUUUCUUCGAUGGAAACUUGUUCAGCUGUAGAAUGGUGCCCAACUGACAAAGAUACGAUGAUCGUAGCUUCUGGAAACUACUGUAAGGUCUGGGAUGUUCGGAAAGUGGACAAGCCAUUGCACCAGUUCAGUGAUACCAAUUCCAUUGUGGCGAUAUCAUGGUGUCCAUUUGAGAAAGAAAUUGUGCUAGCAUGCACUGAAGAGAAGCUUCUUUUACUGAAUGUGAAGAAGGGCGAGGUUGUACAUGAGGUAAAAGCACCUGGCAAAUGCUUGGCCGUUCGCUGGAGCCAACACCGUGUCAACCAUUUUGCCUUAGCUACCUCGGGAGGAAGACCGGUCUACGAUAAAGUGGAGAUGUACCAUGGUGUGGGUAAUUAG